AUGUCCAGUAGCGAUGGGGAAGGGCGCUGGGCACGACGAAUUGGUCGUUUUGCCCCGUUUCGUUUCGUUCAAUUCCCCCCUCAACCUCGAGGUUGGCGCCCGGUGGCUCUGCGCCCGCCCUACCUAAUAUCCCUUAUAUGUUUGAUGUUGACGAUGCUGCUGGGCCUGGAAGGUUUACGGCAGUAUAGCGAUCGCAAAGGAGGAUUGGUCUUUUUUAGCGACACGGAAGAUGUCAACGAGAUGCAAUCUUUUGCCUACAAUUACCUCCCUAUCAUCAUAUCCCUCGUGCUCGUUGUGGUAUGGACCGUCACCGAUUUCGAUGUCCUCCGCCUGGAACCAUACUUCCAGUUGUCCCGACCCGAGGGAGCGCCCGCGACGGUUCUCUUCAUCAACUACAACUUCGGCCAAACCAUUCUCACUCCGAUCAGUGCCGCACGCCGCCGCCAUUGGGUAGUCCUCUGGGUUUCCUUUGUCACGCUCUCGAUCCGAAUGAUUCUCCCCGCUCUGCAAAGUACGGUAUUUGAGCUACGCGAGGUGACAGUAGUCGACUACGAAUCCAUAAAAAGCUGGCCCAACCUGUUGGACUUGGACACGCAAGCGAACUGGAUCUCAACGCAAGCAAACAAUACCAUUGACGACGUGCUUUCCUCAAAUGAGCUAUUGCGCCGGUCCCGAUCCACCAAGUACGCCGUGGCGCCGGUGGAAAUACCCGAUAGCCACCAAGACGAGUCCAUAAUAUGGACUGUUGAUCAGACGCUAUACUGGGCGCAACUUUCGUGCGAGAACGUUCCCGUUCGGGACAAGAUCACCGUUGCUAUCCAUGAUUCCGAUGAAGCGUAUCCAACAAUUUCAUGGCACGCCAGUGGUAUUGACCUGACAGAUGCAUACAGAGGCACCACCAAAUGCGCCCUUGAUUUUCAAUACGAGAGUGUCCUCUUCCCUGCCACCGAUUACCUGCAAAUCCGGUAUUGGGAGCCAAUGAUCAGUGCUGCUGCCAAAGAAUCAUUUGCAAAUCGAACCCAGGCCUUCACUGAAUUUGGUUGCGAUCCGUAUGAUCUAUAUGGCAUGCUCAUCGGAGUCAAUAUAACCAGUCCAGACUCGGAUUUGACUUUGAGUGAGUACUCCGCGUCUGGUGUGGCCUUUGCCUGUGAUGUCAUCUAUCAUAAAGCGCAGGGUCGCGUGGCUAUGCACUCCAACAGCUCCAUCAUAUCUAUUGACAUAGAUCGAGCCACCAAGCGCCCGAUCACAAAAGCCGAGUUCAACAUUGAACACUUCCAAGCUCUGCUCUCUCAACGCGCUCCGUUCACCAGUGACAUGCUCUUCAUCCGAGAAAAUGCUACUACGGGUACUCGCGCAAUUACUGAACUCCCUAUCAUUAGCCAGGAGCUAGGAGAUCUCCAGCCGGUGCUAGUGCUGGACACAUCAACUGUCAUGACAGAGACCGAGUUUGAAUCCAAGAUUGAGCGGGACGUCAAGCAGACUUUUGUACUCACACUCGGUCGCCUGUUUGAUCCCGAUACCGCACCAACGAUCCUCGCCGCCUCACGCGCAUCGAAUCAAGUCGCUAUCGCUAUCGUUACAUUUGCGGCUCUCUGGUCUGAGCUCAUUCUUGCCCUGUCCACAUUAACCGUGGUGUACCUCCUUUACACGUAUAGUUCGCGUGAACUGUUUCUCCAAAGUGACCCAGGAUCCAUCGGUGCCAUGUGCAGUAUUGUGGCAGAUGUAUUUCACCCAUCCAACAUCCUUGCAGAGCCAGUAGCGGAAUUUCAUCAAUUCUCUACUCGGCAACUUCGUCGCAUCUUUAAAAAUGCUCGGUGUUACUGGCGACCGAGCCCUUCUGGCAACAGGCUGGAGAUUCUCGCUGAAGAUGGCUCCCCUGUCCAGCUUGGAGAGAACCUCCGAACCCGUGUCGAUCCAAUGCCUCACUUCCUCGUAAUUCCUUUCUUUCUUAUUGAAUUCUUUGCGCUAGCCGGCGUCAUUAUCCUCAUCGGACUAGUGGUCGCAUCCUUUCUUCGAAACGGCCGCUUCCGCCACAUGACCCAAUCCGACUCGAGUGCGUUCCAAAUCAUCCUUUCAUUCCUACCCUCUGUUGUCGCAUCGUCUGUGGGAGCUCUAUGUACCUCCAUUCACCGAAACCUCAGUGUCUUGGAGCCUUGGGUCCACCUGCAGCGCGGCAAUGCCUCGGCAAAAACGUCGUUGUCACUGAACUAUUCGUCCCAAAGUCCGUUUGCCAUUUUCUUCAAGGCAGUUCGUGACCGGCACAUCUUGCUAGCUCUCGUAUCACUUGCGUGCGUUGUUAACAUGGCUUUGACUGUUGUUGCUGGCGCGCUUUUCACUCAAAAAUUAACAUCCUCAACAUUGGACACCAACGAUUUGUCGAUGAAUUACAGCCAGUCUGUAUUUUGGCAGACGGACUUCGCUGCUGAAUUCACCGAGUAUGAUUUGAUUCAGACCAGCAUCAGCAGCGGAAUCCCUAUGCUAUCUUGGACGAGCUCCAACCAGUCUUUCGUCCCAGUACACGUGGCCAAUCACAACCCAGAUGUGACUUACGGCGCCUCGACGCUUGGUGUUGGAGUUGAACUCAAGUGUCGGCCCCUUUCAUCCGAUGCUCUUGUCCAUAAUAACGCCAGUGGUUAUCAGUAUUGGCAAUAUGAACCAUUUGACCAUUCAGCCAUGGAAUGCACGGCACGUAUGCCAGUCUUAAGAAGCAAAGAGCAAGGAAUCUCGCUGUCUAUUCACUUCCUGUCCCCAGACGAUGUUGCCGAAUCGGAUAUCUGCCAGACUUCAACGGUUGUAGUUGUCGGUCGUUGGGAUUAUUUGGCGGACACACCGGUCACGGACGACAACACAAUUGCAUUGCACUGUGAACCCCAUGCGAUAUUGCAAAGCUAUUCGAUCUCUUUUGACCAGAAGGGACAGAUAAGUUGGCAUGAACCUAUUCCGGAAACAACUAUCACCGAUGGAACCAUGUUUGACAAUGCGACUGUGAGUCUCGGUCAGUUCAACAAAGUAUUUGCUGCUAUUCCUAGCAAUUUUGUGGGUAAUACUACCAUGCAAAACGGAACAUACAACGUUUCUUCCUACGAUUGGGCAGGCUUCCUCGUUGCCCGUCUCUACGAACAUGAAGACCCAAACUUUGAUGCCCUGAAUCCCGAUCUUCUGACGAACAUGACUCAAACUGUAUAUCAAUGGGUCUAUAGCACCUACUUCUCAAUUUGGCGCGAUAUUUAUCUCGAACCUCUCGCUGACCCGGUUCCGGCCACAAAUGCCACCAUCACCCGCAGUACUUGGCAGAUGAUUCCGUCAGCUGCAUCACUUGCCACCGCUCUAGCGAUUAUUAUUUUCGACACGCUGGUCGUGCUUGUAGUGUUCGGAACACGACACGGUCGGUUCCGGGGACCCCGAAUGCCACGCUCCAUUGGGGCUAUCAUUCCCUGGAUUUCGCACAGCCAAAUGCUUCAUGACUUUACCGAUACACACAAAUGGAAGAGUGCUAGACGACAUGCUCAUCUCACAUCCUUGAACAAACGCUAUGGAUUCCGCAUGUUCAUGGGCGCAGAUAACCGCUGGAGAUUCGCCGUCGACCAGGAAGAGACUAUCAACCAACCUCCCGAUCCCCCAGGCGCCACCCCAAAUGCCACCCCAGAAGUAGAGGUGGACAAGACCACCUCUAUUCAGCUACAGGAGAUCCACAGUUCAUCCUCCCCUCCUCAGCCCUGA